AUGGAGGUCGUUAAAUCUCGCAGUGCUCUAUUGUCAAAUUUCGAGGUUCUAAACUUAUUGAAAGAGUUGGAAACCGAACAGCAGGUCCACGCUCGUGCAGCUUUGGUAAAGAAGGAAGGCGAUGAGUCGGAGCACCAGACAAACACCAUCGAAGCUUUGGGGCCAUCGUUAGUGAGAACAUGCGAACCGUCCAAUUUGAGAGAUCACAGUGGCAUUGAGCCCCGGAUACAGGCUAUCCAAUAUCUGUCUACAUCCCCGCUGUUAACCGCUAGACAAGAUGAAACGCAAGUCGCACGAUUGCUGCAGGCGCUGCAACCUUAUGCUUUGACUAAAAUCGAAAAGCUGCAGAUAAUAAACAUUGCUCCAUUACGACCUGUAGAGCUUUAUGUGAUUAUUGAAGAGUUCGAGGAACGGUUCACAUCACAAGAUAUGGAUAGCAUACUGGACAUAGUGCGACAAUGCCUUGACUGUUCUUCCUCUGCCCUGCCCGAAAGAUCCGAGCGGCCCCUUGAUAGUAACCAAAUCCUCGCCAUCGAAGAUACUGAACACGUCUCGAAAGUAAAUGAUUGGGAUGAUUUAAACUUCAUAGAUCAAGGGCCCUAUGGGGACGGUGUUGAUGAUUUGGCGGAUAUAGAUGAUUCUGAUUGA